UUGCUCUGUUGAGAAUCUAGAUGGGAUAGGCAUGCGUGGACGUAUGUGUAACGUGUAUGUGUAUAGGCGGGGUCUGUAUGCUGUUCCAAGAAAGUUGCUGAGAUACUUCUGAUAGUGUUCCCUUUUCUCCUCUUUCUCCCCAUAAUCACUACAGAUUUUGUGAUUUUUUAUAUUAAUGAUUCUUUACCCCGUUGUGCAUGGGUUGCCAUGAGUAGGGAGCCAACUUGAUGGUAGCUUGUAACAGCAACCUUUUGUUGAGUCACAUUCCUCUUUAAUAAUCCAGUGAAAGAUAUGGAUCCUGCCACUGGGAAAAAAAUGCACACGUCUAAAUGUACAGUUUUACAUCUAAUUUCAGUUGACUCAUAGAUCCAUUGAGCCUCCUGUAUUUCUGCUUUACUUUUAGAUAAUAACCAUCUUUUUGGGAAAAAAGGCAAAGAAAAACAAAACAUUCUUACAAGUAAUCUGUCUUUUAAAGUUUUUCAUUCUUAUUACCAAAGUAUCUAGAUAGAUCGAUAGACUGUAAGAGGAAGAAUUUUAAUUUGGAGACAGACUUCAGAGUAGAUGUAUGCUUUUAUUGAUUUACAGUGAAAUGUUGCAAGGGAAUGAUAUUAAAAAAGAGAUUUUAAAAUAUUUGUACAGUUAAGCACAAGUAACAAUUUUCAUGUUUUUAUAUGCAUGCAGCCAAAGCAAAGGACUUCCGUUAUAACUUAUCAGAGGUACUUCAAGGAAAGCUAGGAGUCUAUGAUGCUGAUGGUGACGGCGAUUUUGAUGUGGAUGAUGCCAAAGUUUUAUUAGGACUUAAGGAAAGAUCUGCCUCAGAGCCUACAGUGUCAUCGGAAGAGCGGGAGUCGCAUGGCGCACCCGGGGAGCAGGCACCCUCUGGGGAAGAACCCCAGAAUAUCGAAGAUGAUGUAAAAGAACAAAUUCAGUCCCUUCUCCAUGAAACUCUACACACAGAACAUGUUCUUCUUUUAGAGUAUAACAUAAAGGAGACACUCUGCUUGAAGCCAUGUCAAGUUAUUGUUGGGAGAAUUAUUCAGAAUAUACAUAUACCCUAUACAUAUACAUACCCUUUCAUGAAAAUGUUAAUAUCCAUGUUAUUUUUUUCAGAAACGGAGGAUAGUUACCAAGUGGAAGAAACAGCUCCACAGGACUAUAAUCAGGAUAUGGAAGAGAUAAUAUAUGAACAGGAAAAUCCAGGUUCCAGUGAACCAGUAGUAGAUGAUGAAAGAUUACACCAUGAUGCAGAUGACAUAACAUACCAAGUCUAUGAUGAACAAGUAUAUGAACCAUUGGAAGAUGAAAGAAUAGAAGUUUCAGAUAAUGCUGUAGAAGAUUCAAACAUAAUUCCAGAAGACGUCAGUGUUCCCCCUGCAGAAGAACAACAGGAAGUACCACCAGAAACAAGUAGAAAGACAAAUGAUCCAGAACAAAAAGAAAAAGUUAAGAAAAAGAAGCCUAAACUUUUAAAUAAAUUUGAUAAAACUAUUAAAGCUGAACUCGAUGCUGCGGAAAAACUUCGUAAAAGGGGAAAAAUUGAGGAAGCAGUGAAUGCAUUUGAAGAACUAGUGCGCAAGUACCCCCACAGUCCACGGGCAAGAUAUGGGAAGGCACAGUGUGAAGAUGAUUUAGCUGAGAAGAGGAGGAGCAAUGAGGUGCUGCGGGGGGCCAUCGAGACCUACCAGGAGGUGGCCAGCCUGCCUGAUGUCCCUGCUGACCUGGUGAAGCUAAGUUUGAAGCGGCGGUCAGAAAGACAGCAAUUUCUAGGUCAUAUGAGGGGUUCCCUAAUGACCCUAAAGAGAUUAGUUCAACUGUUCCCCAACGAUACUUCCUUAAAGAAUGACCUUGGCGUGGGAUACCUCUUGAUAGGGGAUAACGAAAAUGCCAAGAAGGUUUAUGAAGAGGUUCUGAAUGUGACACCUAAUGAUGGCUUUGCUAAAGUGCAUUACGGCUUUAUCCUGAAAGCACAGAACAAGAUUGCAGAGAGCAUUCCCUACUUAAAGGAAGGGAUAGAAUCUGGCGAUCCUGGCACUGAUGACGGGCGAUUUUAUUUCCACCUGGGCGAUGCCAUGCAGAGGGUUGGGAAUAAAGAGGCAUAUAAGUGGUACGAGCUUGGGCACAUGAGAGGACAUUUUGCAUCUGUUUGGCAACGAUCCCUCUACAACGUGAAAGGACUAAAAGCUCAGCCAUCCUUAGAAAGAAACUGGAAGUUAAUUCGCGACGAAGGCCUGGCAGUGAUGGACAAAGCCAGAGGCCUCUUCCUGCCAGAGGAUGAAAACCUGCGGGAGAAGGGCGACUGGAGCCAGUUCACGCUCUGGCAACAAGGAAGAAAAAAUGAAAAUGCUUGUAAAGGAGCUCCAAAAACCUGUGCUUUACUAGAAAAAUUCCCCGAAGCAACGGGAUGCAGGAGAGGACAGAUCAAAUAUUCUGUCAUGCACCCGGGGACACAUGUGUGGCCACACACGGGGCCCACGAAUUGCAGGCUUCGAAUGCACCUGGGCUUGGUGAUCCCCAAGGAAGGCUGCAAGAUCAGAUGCGCCAACAAGACCAAGACAUGGGAAGAAGGCAAGGUGCUCAUCUUUGACGAUUCCUUUGAGCACGAGGUGUGGCAGGAUGCCUCGUCUUUCCGGCUGAUCUUCAUCGUGGAUGUGUGGCACCCAGAGCUGACACCACAGCAGAGGCACAGCCUUCCUGCAAUUUAGCCUGUGUUGCAGGCCCAGGACUCGCUGAAGAAAGGCUGGCUUUCUGGUUUUGUUUCCUUGGGUUCAGGGAGAGAAGUUCAAACACCAAGGCUUUCAAUUCCCUUCACUUGCAGCCUGAAAAAUACCAAGCCUCUUCCUAGAGUUAGAAGACACUAAAAGGAAUCAUUGCCUAGCUCCAGUUCAUAUAGGAAGUGCCCUGCUGUAUUUCAUCCCCUGACAGCACUGGUGUCAUGCUCAUAUUUAAGGUGAAUAUAUGAUAGCGUCCACCUUGCCAGCCAAAGAUAUUUUGUUCAUUUAGAAGAGGUCUGAAUUGGUGUACCAUGAGGAUAUAUGUAGAAACUGUGAAUGGAGAGCUGUAGUUUGUCGUUUUUCUAUGCAAUUAUAUUUUUGCAGGGUAGCUAGACUAUUUUGUCAUCAUGCACCACUACUUUUUUAUUGUUGAUUUUAACGGCAAGCUGUGGACAGGUGUUACUUCUAGCUGUUUAAUGGUAGCUUCCCUAGUGAAUGUAGACUUUUCUCUUUUAAUUCUUCUCAGUAAAAGACAUUCACAUGAAAGAAGCAGUUUUAAUUUCCUGACAUGAAGGGCAAAGAUGUCAUUAUGCGAAUGUCUAUGAACUGUACUGAUCUCUACCCAUUGAGUCUGUUUUGCUUUGUUGUCUUCAUUGAGAGUGUCUUAAUUAAUUUCUCCCCUCACUGUGCUAAUGACAGAGUGUCAAAAGCUCUAAGAGGAAUUUUUAUACCAAAAAAUGACAUGAAAUCAUUUUAUAUUUAACUAGAAAAAUGCCACGUGAAUUUUUUUUUUUUUUAAUGCCACGUAUUAAGGCUAGGGGGAAAAAGAACAAAAUUUCUCAAAGUGAAAAUUUCCUCUGAGAAUCAGGUAGAUAGGAGGCUGCUAGGGGCGCCCGGCUCCUGGCUUCUUUGCCCAUCGACAGAGUGUCACUACCUACCAUCAAUGCAUGUGGGUGACAAAAAAAUGUCCCUUGGUCCUUCAGAGCAUCCUCGUCACAAUUCUGUAGUAUUAAGGAUAGCGAGUAGAAGGGGAAGAAGAGUGUAGGAUCUCUGUCUUGUGUGUAGGAUGUAGAUAGAGAUCGCUUUCCUCUUUGGAAGAGUUUGAAAGACUUUUCUAUCUCCCUGGCUUGAGAAACUUCUGCCAUUUAAACAUUAAGUGACACUUUGAAAUAGCAAUUAUUAGCCAUAGUUUAGUUUUAAUAUUACCCACAACAUAGCAAUAACAGUUGAAAAACCAUCUUGCCUAUUCAUUCCAAAGAUGAUCAGGUCAUUAAUUUAGUAAAGUGUAAUGCAUUAACUUUUGUAUUUUUUAAAUGAAAGCUAACUAGAAAUGUUAGCUCUAAGAUGUGAUGAUAUUCAUGCACUGAACUCUAAGCCACCAUGAACAAAAAUGCUGAAGACAUGACACAUAGAUGACCAAAUGUCGUUCAGAAGUAGAGAACACAUUUGUGGUUUCUUCUCCAUCCAAGGACAAA